AUGACGGUCGUACAAAAUGAGAAUAACGAGUUGAUCUCGACUCAUACAGUCACGGGAUGGCGGAUUUACAUGGAUUACCGGAACUUGAACACAGCCACUCGGAGGGACCAUUUUCCCUUUCCGUUCAUUAACCAAAUGUUGGACAGGUCAGCUGGGCGAUCUCACUUCUAUUUCUCGGAUGGAUAUUCGGGGUACAAUCAGAUCUCAGUAGCCCCCAAAGAUAGAGAGAAAACAUCUUUCACAUAUCCAUAUGGCAUCUUUGCCUUUCGGAGAAUGCCUUUUGCGCUUUGUAAUGCAUCAGCUACACUCCAACGGUGUAUGUUUUCCAUUUUCACGGACAUGGUUGAAGACAUUAUGGAGGUAUUUAUGGAUGAUUUCUCCAUGGUGGGAGAUUCAAUCGAGGACUAUCUUCACAAUUUACAAAGAGUGCUCAGAAGACGUAUGGAGACAAGUUUAGUGCUGAAUUGGGAAAAGUGCCAUUUUAUGGUACGAGAAGGGAUAGUGUUGGGGCAUCGAGUGUCUAGUAAAGGAAUCGAGGUUGACCAUGCUAAGGUUGACGUGAUUGAGAAGUUGCCACCGCCUACUUUAGUCAAGGCAGUGAGAAGUUGGCAUUUGAGAAGCUGA